UGCAGCUAAUGCUUAGGAGCACACAUCCUUCCAUCGAGCUUCGGUGUUGCCCUAUCGUUUUUCUCUUUAUUUUUGUUCGAUUUAUUUGCAAUCAACCUUUCACCUACGAGAAAUACUUACUUUAACCCGUACGAGAUUUCAAAACGACUUCAUUCCUUUCUAACUUUAACAGUCGGCCUUCUCCUAAGACGUCUGCCCGUAUGCAACGGUUCGAAGUCUAUAUCAUUUACCUCUUCGUGUCUUCUUAUCUCUGGGAUCGAAAUCAUUUCAGUCGUAUCUUCCGACUGCCAAGAGGAUUCUGGUGGCGCGUACAAUAGAUGAUUGCCCCUAGAACUUCUACAAGUGAAUUUCGUUGUUCUUCUUAACAGGCGCCGCCAAGCAUACUCGGGUUCGAUGUACUAGGGAGGGCUGUCCCCGAGGACACGGAGAACACGUUGGGAUUGCUGUCAGGGAAGUUGGCGAGGACGUGUUAGUCUUCCCCCAUCUAUGCUAUCGUGAUGAAGUCUGAAGUGUUAGUGGUCUACGCAGCCUUUCUCGUGACAUCCAUCACUCUAGCCGCAGCAAGACAGCCACUUCAGCCCUGGCAACGACCCGGCUGCCAUCUUGUUGGUUUCACACAGAAGGUGGAGAUACCCGGCUGCUACGUAGAGAUGGUGGCUAUGAAUGCAUGCAGAGGAUUCUGUAACUCUUACUCCUACACCAGCGAAUGGACCACAUUGGUAGCCAGUCAGGGCAGGCAAAAAUUUACCACUUACGGCCGGUGUUGUGCUAUCAAAGAUACACACGAAGUACACGUACUUUUAGAAUGUGAAAACAACAUCAGAAAACGAGUCACGUUUCGUUCGGCGGCUAGUUGCGAAUGCAGUUUAUGUAACAUCGAGAACGAUUGAUGACUAUAAAUAUAGAACAUGCCAUUACAUUUUCCUUUCUUCUAUUUUGCUUUGAUUCAGUAAUUGUCAAAAUUAGAUCCCGUGUUCAAUCAGCCUAUCACUCUAAUUAGUUGUAAAGGUGUAUAAUAAUUAUUUGGAUGCCAGUUUCUCUAUGGCGGAAAUUAGAACAAGCCAUUAUGAGAGAUUUUCUUAGUUUCAUUUUGUAUCGCUAUUGUCAAAGUUUAGUGCUAUCUUUUGAUCAAUCUAUCAAUGUUGAUUAAUCGUUAUGUUGAAUACUUAGAGCAGCACAAUAGGAGUCUCAAAGCAGUCAUUCCUUUAUGUACAGUUUUCAUUAUAUAUUUUUUUCAUUUUCCUGAGACAUAUACAUAUGUGUACAGUUAACAACUAAAUUAUUCAUACCCCUUGUAAAUUUGUUGUUUUGGGGGUAUGUUUCGUAACUCACGAAUGGAAGGUGAACUGGUUGAAUUAGGGCCUUUGUUCAAUACUUUUAGAUGUUUUUAGCUCUUAUGUGUCACAUUUUCAAGAAACAUAAAUUGGGACAAAUCAAUUUUUCACAUACUCAAAAAAUUUACAAAACUUGUUAAGGGUAUGACUAAUUUAAUUGUUAGCUGUAUGUGUAUUGUCGUUUGUUGAGGACAGUGUUUAGUGCCCU